AUGAACAGUACACCCUUAAGCCAGGAGUCACUUCAGCAACAAGACCCGUCCUCCGCCUCCCUCGAGGGCCUGCAACUAGUCCUCGAAGCCGCUUCGAGGCCAAAAUCAGCAACAUCGUCGAGAAGCCAGCGGCAUCUGACCCCUCAAGUCAAGAAAUGGUCCGCGGCGUGCAUCGAUACGUACUUUGGCCGCUUCCACGACCGCUGGCCGGUGCUUCAUGGUCCUACCUUUGAGAAGGAGGUGGAAUCCGUCAGACUGCGUAGCACCGUCCUCCUGAUAGGAUCCUGGCUGCGGCACGAGAAUGAGGGCAACAAUCACCUCAUAUUCGACAUUCAUAGCAUUCUGGUGAAACGCCUUCUGGACGAGUUGAUAGACACGAGUCCCGACCCAGCCGGCGUCUGGCCCCUCCGGACACUGCAAAGCUCUCUCCUGAACAUCAUUUUUGCAUUCGAAAGCGGAGCCCGCCUCCUCUUCAGCCUCCUCGUCACCGUGUUCCGACAUCUCAGAGUCUUCAGCGCCGACGCCAUCGAGCAUCAGAUACGGAUCCAUUUCAGCGGCGAUUUCCCUCCUUGGGUGUUCUCCAUGAAGGAGAAAUGGAAAAGACUCUGCACAAACAUGUUCAAGAUCGAUUCAUAUAUAUCCCUCCUCACCCAACAACCCCCCUUAUUACAGCGUGAGGAAAUGAGCCUGAGUCUGACAUCCACCUUUGGCCAAUGGAAUGCUUGGGGCAUAGACGUCUUCUUCCGGAGAUGGCCCUCCGAGCCCGUCGAGCGCUCACAGUAUAGAAUAUGCGACCUCGCGUUGGGCUCACAACAGCCCAUUCCGCCGGUAAUCCUUGUUGAAGAUCUCCAGAUCCGCAUGAUGGGCGUGACAAACUACGUCUGGAUCCUCAAUAAGAUGCGAGGAAGUCCCAACCCGGCGCUCUGCGUGUCUCCCGACCAUAAGGAGCUGAUAUCGGCUCGUCUGAAGCGCUGCAAGCUGCAGCUCGACAGCAUGACGUCCAUAUGGAAAGAACCAGAGCUCAACAAGAUGCACAUCGAUUUCCUCCUGAGAGCAUACUCUGCCAAGGAAGAGCCCUUCCACGAAGGCUGGGAAGAGGCCGCCCGGAACCGCUUCUUCUCCUUCGUCUUCAGCGCCACCAUGCUGUACCACCUCCUCAACAUGCACAUCUACGCCGACGUCCACAGCUACAUGCAAAAUCUCCCCGUCCUGUCGCCUGCCGGCGCAGCAUCCGCCGCCAAUCUCUCCUCGUUGGCAACAGCCGUCGACAACGCCCAAGUCCAAGAAUGGGCCUCCUCGCCAGACUGCCGCAUCGCUGUCUCCCACGCCCUCUUCGCCUACCGCGUCUACGGCUCGACAACGUCCUCUCCCUCCGACCUCAAGGCCGAAGUCGUCGACCCCAUAGCGCACAUGACCAUCGCUGCCGGCGCCGCCAUCCUCUGGACGUGGAUCCAGAACACGACGUCCGCGUGCACGUGCAUGAGCCCGAUGCCGCUCGCAGGCGAGCUGGACUUUGGCUUCGUGCCGCUGGGGGCGGGACAGAGUCCCGAGGUGGACCAUUGGAUACUGACGGGGGGCAACGUUUGGCUGCAUGGGGUGCAUCUGUGCAAGUGCAAUGUCGACGUGUGGCUGUCCCCUUUUGCGGCGAUUCUGUCGCAUGGGGCGAGGAAGUGGGAGGUUGGCGAUGUGUUUGCGCAGAAGCUGUGGUCGCAGCUGGGGCUGCAGAGGUCUGUUUAA